AUGAAGGUCAUCGAUCAGUCACGAUUCUACAGGAUCCUCGGUCUCCCUCACGAAACAUCUCUUGAUGAGCUAGACGAGAGAUACCUGCAGUUAACACUGCAUUUGAGCGGACCCAACGGCCCAGACAACAAGGAAGAGGCGAGAUUGCAACAGGAACUGGUUGACCAGGCUUACAAUGCCCUACUUGCGAGGUUCCUCCACACCGCAAAAGAGAUUAGACCCCCAUCCGACGAUUCUUUUACUAUGAAACAGGUACUCGUUGCGCAGGAUCGCAUCCAGCCACCAAGUCACAACGACGAUGAUCUAUGGAUCUCCCCAGAAUCCUCGCGUUCUUCUGGCUGUGAUUCUAAGGCUAGGAGGAAGACUGUGGUUGACAGAGGACAGGCACCUGGUUUUAGCGUGCAAGCCAUCGAGGGUGAUAUCUUUGAUGCUCCAGACCGAGCGGUGAUUGUCCAUGCAGUGAAUUGCCAGGGCGUAUGGGGAUAUGGGAUCGCGGCACAACUGAAAAAGGCUUUCCCUGCCGCCUACCGAGUCUAUCGUUCUUAUUGUCAACAUGGCAGCGCGCCUUGGGAUCUUGUCGGAACAUCUCUCUUAAUCCCACCGCAGCCGGAAGAUUUCAUGGAGGAACAAAACAAUGGAACAGUACCGAAAUUAGGCGCAGUUAAACAACCUUCCGCCAUCGUCUUCGAGAAGCGCCACUGGAUUGCCUGUUUGUUCACAGGUGUCGGCUACGGGAAACCGAAUACGGCGAGCAGCAAUCCAGGCAAAGACUCCCAGCCGCGGAUCCUGCGCCGCACAAUGAGCGCCUUGGAGCAUCUCAGGAUCAUGUUGGAGGAGUUUGGACCGUCAAAUUUCAACGAGGAUACGAAUUGGCAAUCGGAUGACGAUAAACCAGGUGAAAUUUGGUGCUGCAAGUUCAACAGCGGUGCCUUUGGAGUGGACUGGGAGGAGACCCGCGCUCUCGUGGAGGAAGAAUUUAUGGGGUUCGAACGGCCGUGGACAGUUGUUACCAAAGUCGACAAGGUCACCAAAAGCUACAGAGCCCGAGAUGGCUAG